AUGCGCACCAUAACCGAUGUUUACGUGUUUAAGGACUCAUACCAGUACUGGACGGCAAGGGAGAUGCUUGCACAGAAAAGGAAGAGCGUCGAGCGAGAAGGGAAGAAAUAUAGGGAGGCAGUGGAGGCCGCAAACAGCAAGGAGGGCUUGGAAGCAAAGAAGGCGGCGAUUAAAGAACUCACAGAUGCUUAUGAGAAGCUAGAGUCGGAUUUACACGAGCGAGGCGCCAAAACCUUUCAAGAGCUUCGACCAGAUAUCAAGCCUCCUCAGCCUAGUGAUGUUCAACCCUCCAAGACUUCUCCUUUCGCUAUCUCUCUGAGCUUCAAGGGCACUGACAUUACAGGAGACAAACGAGAUGACUAUUUUAAGCUGUUCGAAGCCGCGUGGACCGGCGACCUUGAAACUAUCAAGAACCUUAUUAUAACCGGAUCUGAUAGAACAAGGUACCGGACAUCUCUGGAAAUUGCUGUCUGCGAUAGUCGUGGAUUCUCUGCAUUUUCCAUUGCCAUCCUCCGUGGACAUCUAGACGUUGCGCAUGGAAUCAUGGCUAUCGCGGCUUCCCAUUAUAAGCCCCCACAAGAGCCUCAAGCCCGGUACCGGAUACGCCAGAAUACUCAGUUCAUUAUUGAUAAUGUGGGCCAGAUAAAGUCCGAGGUCGAGAGCAAAUUAGGCCCUCUAUCCAUUCUGGAUGCGGAGUGCGAUAUGGACCCCUUCUUUGAGGAGGCCACGGACCAAUAUUUCAACAGCCUGUUGCGUUACGCUAUCUUCAUCGACGACACGAAGCUGUUGGCCUUUCUCAUCUCCCUCGGACAGCAGCUCACCGAGUGGUUUCCGGAGGAUCCAGCCAACCCCACGCCGUACUAUGUUUAUCACGACGACCUCUACUUGGCAAUGCACCUCGGGAGGUUGCAUUGUCUAGAGAUUCUCGUCAAGCGAACUGCAGCAGGGGUGGAUUUCGACGAGCUAGUCGACGAAGGUGAGAUUGAGGGCAAGGAAGCGCCCGAGUACUAUCGUGGUCUCUCCGUGCGUGGUAAGAAGCGUGAUGACUGGGCACGUCGUGGCCAGACAGCCACAGAGCCAGACACACCGCCGCCGUUGCUUUAUGCGGCGAAAAUGGGGAACCUGGAGAGCGUGCAGUGGUUCCUGGGUCCUGCACCGGCUCGCUGCUACAAUGCAUUUGUUGCAGGCAACAAGAAUGAUCCGGGGGUGAGGAAACUGCUUUUGACAGAGAAAGGCCCAGAGAACAUGAUCCGUGAUUUCCUGGAAUCUAGGUGCCAUUUGCUCCUCCAUUCGGCCGUUAUAGCCGAGGAGAACGAAGAGUCCCUAGCCCUCGUGGAGUAUCUUGCCAACAACAUGCGCCAUCUGUUGGACGCGAAGAACGUGGAUGGUUAUACGCCCUUGAUAGUCGCAUUCCGCCUUGGUCGAUUUGCGUUUGCAAAAAUCCUUAUACAAGCCGGAGCAGAUCAGACGGUCCGGGACGUCGAUGGUAGAAAUCUGUUACAUGUGCGAAUUCAACAUAUGAGUCGCUCGCGGCCUACCGACUGGUCUAUCCGAGAGGCGCUCGAACUGCUCGAUCGUCAGCUCCUCCCAUCCAUGCUGACCGCUCGCCGUCUUUCCAGCAAUGUAAUCCACACGGCCUUUGCUUGGUUGAUUUUGUGCAUGAGUCUUGACGCGUCGACAUUGCCGGGACUAGCCGCUAGUCUAGAUUAUGUCAAGCCUCUAGGUUGCAAGCACCUGGAGCUCUUGGACAGCGAGGGGAACACCCCAUGCCACGGACGGGGGGUCAUAUCAUGGGCGCUUAUUGAUUUGCUUCUCGCGUACGAACCUGAGCUCGCGGCCAAGGAGAACGUCAACGGGCUCACGCCGGCAGACGUUGCCGAGCAGAAGUUGUUUGCCAAGGCUGCUAAGCCUCCGCAUAUUCCACAGCAGUCGAGCUCUCGCAACCUAGGCGCAGGCGCCGUCGGAAAGGAGCCGUGGACGUUUGUGCGCCAGACAGGGAAAGGAGUGCUGUUAGCGAACAGGCGGAGAAUUUAUGAGCGGUGCUGCUUAGGCAGAAGCGACGGGGACACAAGGAGGAGAAAGCUGGUGACGCUCUUUGAAGUGCGCGAGUUCGCUGCCGCGUCGCAUGCGAGGUUCCAAAGGUGCAAUCAGCGCCGGACGUGGUUGUCGCCAGAGACGGAUAAGAUUACCAAUAGACCUGUAGACACUCUACAGAGCACAUUCUUGAUAAUUAUCAUGUGUUGGGGGCAUCUGUGCCUCGCGUGAUUCAUUCCUUGUUCGUUCAUUUGCAUCCUUCAGCGUGACCGAGGGCAGGCAGGCCAAAAGCUCCCCUGCAAAACCAGCAAGAGUUCACGAUCGAUUGGACGAAUGGGCGAUCUAGAUCUCGAAACCAGCUAGCCCCGACAGAAGGCCGUUCGACCACCGCCCGGAGUCCGACCGCUCAGGGUCCGACCUCAUGAAGCCUCAUCCCUUUGGGCCAAAAUCCCAAAUGGCCGCCUUGGCAUUGCUGGGAUAUGACCACUGGGAAUCGCUGGUCUUCCUGACCCCCACCGUUUCGUUUCUGUAUCAACUGACACCUGGCCUCUCCUUCCUCUUUCGUACAUUCUUCGUAGCUCGACAUCUCGUUGCUUCCUAGGACAUCUCCGCGAGUGAAGACCGACUGUCAAUCGACGCCGAUCUGACCACAUAUGUACUAGAAUUCAAACUCUUGCAUGUUCUGGAUCAAGAUCUCAGCAUGUUGAUAACAUAUCCAAUCCUCUAGGACAAGGAGAGGUAAUCAUGAAUCCCAUAUGUUCGACAGACA